AUGUUUUGGGUCGUUAUCAGUGUUACUUUUAUUGUUUCAGUGGUGCUUUUGUCGUUAACGUUUGUCCUGGUACCAAUUUUCGAACUUGUCGAUGUGUAUUUGCAUAUCUUUUCAUUAUUACUAUUUGCAAUGGCGCAAUAUCUGUCGGCGCGAUACGUUCAGCUGGAGCAGAACGGCGAUCCGGAUCUGAAAUUGGACGAUUUUACUAAAUUAGAACGGCAUGGGUUUCAUAUCCUUGCGCAGUUGGUGCUUUGUGUGGCGCUGAGCUGCCUUCUGGGACUGAAAAGUGAUUUGGCUCGAGUUUCGCUCGCGAUAUUUCUCAUCCCAGUGGUUGCUCGCAUGUGCGCAAUGCCUGUGAAUCGUCUCAUAAUAGCGCAUAAUGUGGCAUGCUCAAUAGCAAUGCUGCUCAUCUGCAUAUAUGUGCUGAACCGUGUGCCAACCCUGCUCGCCUGUAUACAGCAUCUGUUCUGGCAUCUCAAAAAUAUUUUAAUCUUCCGAGGCAUUAGAGGGGGUAAGUUUCUUUUUCCUUUUUUGUUAAAUAAAAACUUGCUGCAUGCAAAAAUGUUAUGUUCAUGCAUUAGUUGA